AUAGCAUAGCGUCUCCGCGUACAAGUGUUCGAUUUUUCUGGGUUCAUCAUGGAGUGGCUCCAGGAUAACCCCAAGGUUCGAAUGAGAGAUCCGGCUGGCGUAGCGAAGAAGAUACAUAAACUAAUCCAAGAUGGUCCACAAAAGCUCCAAGUUGUGACGGACUACGAUCACACGCUAGCUCGGAGUCACUACCAAGGGAGACCGGUCGGGACUUCGUACUGUGUAUUCGAAGCAGAUGAGAGUGUCUCCGAGGAUUACCAGACGGAGGCAGCCCGACUGAAGAAGAAGUACCUACCGAUAGAGUUCGAUCCAAACUUAAGCGAAGAGGAAAAAAUACCGCACAUGAUUCAAUGGUACGCGGAGAGCUUCGACAUUAUCCUGAGCUCGGGAAUCAAUGAAAACCAACUACCAGCUAUGGUUCAACGUGCCGACCUCCAUUUGAGAUGUAGAACCCCGGAAUGCUUCGAGUUUCUGAAUCAGCAGAAGGUCCCCAUCCUCGUUUACUCGGCUGGUCUCGGGAACAUAAUCGAACUAUCACUGAAACAGCAAAAUGCCAUGAAAGGGAACGUGACCAUCAUAGCGAACUUCUUGGUCUACAAACCGGACGGAACGCCCCUGAAGUUCGCCAGCGACUCGGUGCUGCACUCGUACAAUAAGAACGCCUCGCAUCCGAUGACCAGAGAUUACUACAGCAGUGAAAAACUCCAACAGAGAAAUAAUGCCAUUCUAAUCGGAGAUUCCUUGGGCGACGCUUCGAUGACGGACGGUGCCCCUUGUUUAAAACCUCCGCCGGCGGGACACAGCACUGUUUUGCGGAUCGGUUUCUUGAAUCGGAAUUUCGACGCGAGUCUGAAGCGGUACCUCGAUGCGUUCGACAUCGUUUUGGUGGACGAUCAGACGAUGGAUGUCCCCUUGGAAUUGUUCAGGAGAACUUGUUGCGAUGCAAUCUCGUCUCAGACGUAGAGGAGCAAAGCGAGUAAGGAAUAUAAUUAGCUCCAAUGUUUCGAUAUGUGCUCGACCUUUGAUACUGAGCAGGGAAGGUUCCUUGCUGAUGGAGAUACCCCUCCCGGUCGUCUGAUGAGUGGAGGAGCGUUCGA